AUGAGUGAAUUCACAUGCAAUGACUCCAAACUGAAUCAGAACCCUAUAACUACGAACUACCGCGUCCGCUGCGGUCAAGUCACCUGUAACCGCGGUCAGAUCUGCGACGAGCAGAGCCAGACUUGCGGUUGCCAACCGGGUUACCGCGGACCGAGAUGCGACCGCAAGUGUGAAGUGGGUCACUACGGUGUGGACUGCCGGGGACUGUGCGUGUGCAGCCACUACGAGGUGUGUCACCACGUCACUGGCACAUGUAGCUCAUCAGAGGAUGAUUCGGACGGUGAAGAGAUGAUGAAUCCGCUACGGCCGUACGACCGGCUACCACCGGGUAAUGGAACCGCCAUGUGCCGGUCGUCUUGUGGUGUGCUUAGCAAGAUAGGAUGUACGUGUGCCCUGGAUGGAGGGACGUGUAAAUGCCCAGGUUACGUCAUCGCCCUAUUUGUGGUUUCCAUAACAACCUGGAUAACACUAGGGGGCGUCUGUGUGGUGUGCAGUAUCCGUAGGAGGCGCUAUAAGUCUAAGAUUGAAUACAAACGAGAUUCGGAUUAUUGUGAGGAAUUGGACUCAGAUGAAGAGACAGAACUAGGGACCAACAGCACGCAACCUACAACAGUAACUACUGCAUCUGAGAUAAACACAUCAGCGAACGAAUCCUCGUCGUCUCCUCCGCCUUCUCUGUUACCUCCACCACCACCGCCUCCGGCAUCAUUACCGCCCUCAUCAUCGUCAUCGUCACCGGCACUACCCAUGAGACCUCCGGAUGUCAACAAGCACCACGUCCGGUUCGCUGGGAGCACCUCCCCGCAUCUUAAACACAGUCCUCCUCCGGACCCUCCGAUACCAGAGCCGUCAGACUCCAGAAGCUUGGAAUCCUCAACCAGUAGUGAUGAUUCACACGUAUACCUGAACGUCGAUCAUGUUGACCGCGAAGAUUCCAUGUAUAGCAUUGACUAUUCACACCCAUACGAAUACCUUAACAAGAACGGGGAGAAUGGGUUGUUGGGAGGUGGAUUAAAUGGCGACGAUCCUCUCGAAAUGUCGCCGGAGUGUUUUUUAUUACAGUACAUGGUCCAACGACAGAUGAGGGCGCUGAACAAUGCUCCACAUGGUUACGUGAACGACUCAGUAGCCAAGUGGCAGGACAGAAAUAUCAGCAAGAGGUUGUUUCCGUUUGGGCAGGCGCCGUUUCCCAUAAACUCGAAUACGCCUGCAGCCGUGGUCGUCGGCGCGGCGGCAAACCGUGGUCGAAAUGAAGCAAGGGAGAUUCUCCAAUCUGCGUUCCGGCGAAACGGGAAACCGACCAUUAAGCCGAAACCAGACGUACUGAAACGUGUCCCUCCCAGCAAAAAGUCUGGCCCUCACCAAAGACUCCUCGAGAAAUCCGAGAGUACAGAAUCAGAAAGUGAACACGUGAUCCUCAACGGUUGUUCGUUAACGAAUGGCACGAAUAGACGGAACAAUAACCCUGAUACGAGAACUGACUCAAAUAGCAAUCCAAAGCAGAUUUCGUGUCAGCAGCUUAAGCCUGUCAUUCAAGAACGACCCGGAACAGUCCCGAGUCCGUUAAAAUACAGAGACGAUGACGAUGAAGGAGAAGAUAUUCUUUCUUCUUCGGAUGACCAUAUUUACGAAAACUCACAAAUUCGAAAACCAUGCUAUAGAUUUGCCAAUAAAUCACGGAGUACAGAUCAGUUGAGUUCCUGAUGAUAUAAUGGUGACAUGAACUACAAGAUAUCUUCGUGACAACUUUCCUCCCCGGUAAUGUGUAGUUUUGAAUGAUUAACAACAGUAUUUUCUUAUCCAUGGGUUAUUUGGAAGAAUAAUACUUUGCAAGAUAAAAGUGGAUACCAUGCGUCGAGAAUGGGAGUCGAAAACUCGAUCCGACCGAGUGUGCCAUAAACGGUCUGUUCGAUCCAAAUACGCGACUUACCCGUUCCUGAACUACUAGAGAAGAGCUUUUGCCGAACUGUUUAACCUUGUACUUGUGGGUGGGAUAAAGGUGUAAAAUAAUUGAUAAAACACAACAUGAAGGGCUGCAAAUGGGGCAUUAUGGAAUUAAGUUUUCAUAAUCAUCACUUCUUCCUUAAUUAAUGCCUCCUUUUCACAAAAUAAUAUUCUGUGUUAAAGGACGGAAAGGGCUGGGUUUUGCAAUACAAAGCAAUCACGGCUUAAUGUAUUAAUUGAAAAAAGUCCCGAGUAUCUAGGAGAACUGAUUAUAGUAAAUUAUAUUACCAAAUUUCAGGUUUACUCGAGAGAGAAAUGGUAAAACGGAAAAAAGAGAAACAAAUCCAGUGUUGAGAUGCUACUGUUUAUGGUAACUCCCGUAGGAACUGGUAAACGCCAAGCUGGUAUAUAACUAAUUACCUAGGAAACAUUUUACGUCUAGUUUAAUCAGUCAUGGUGGCUGACCUUAUAGACGACAGAUAUUACUCUCGGGCCUUGUUAUAAAAGUGGAGACAAUGGCAGAGUGGGGUUCGAACUCACAACCUUGCUAUUAUGAGUCCAAUGCUCUAGCUAACCACUAGACCACACGACCCGUGAAAUACUGUAUAUUGCUAUGACUGUCCAAACAUCAGCAAUGGAAACCUAUCCCUAUCUAGAUCUGAGAGCACAUUCCGAAAAAGAUUUUUUUCGUUAAAAAGAAUGCUCAAUAUUGGACUAAGCUAACAAAAAUGAACAAUCGAAUUCUGUCAAUAGGAAUCAUAUUCUCUUCAGUGAAAUAAACCUUGCUUCAUUUAAAAAAGGUAGUAUUAAAUUUUCAAGUUAAGCGAUGGAACUAAUCUAAGUAUGACUAUUUUCCUUAAAUCAUGGUAUCAAUAUUCUUCUAUUUCGAAUUAUUGAUAUUCUGUAUUUGAGUGUUAUUUUUAUUAAUCGAAUAUUAGAUCAUCGGCAUGAGGCCGAGCUCUCAAUAUUCAACCCACAUCCAUUCCCUACACCACACAUCAACGGUCUAGAUGGCGGGGCACGGCGGUUUGUGGAUGUAAUCAUCGGAGCCCUUUCCGCCAGUUCGCUUUCAGUGGGUUACUAUGUUUCGCAAUUUCUUUUAAUUUGUACUUGCCCAACAAAGCAACACUUGCACUAAUGUAACCCACUGAAAACGAAUUGGCCAUACUCUGUAAUAAAGUACUCUAAUUGCAUCCAUAUUCGAGGCAAUAUUCGAGCAUGAACCGCCAUCAUUCCAAAUGCCACAGCAUACCUUACGCUACGUCGACCCGAAUUUGAAAUAUACCGUUAUAAUAAUCAAUAAUCAAAUUAAACCAUGCAACAAACUAGAGUCCAAGUUCUGAAUCGUCGUAUGAAUACUUCAAUCCAUUUUAAUGGCUAUUCCAUUCCUCCUCAUAUUAAGUUAAAUUCAAAAUCGUAAUGACGUCAUAAAAAAAUAUUGCGAUUAAAGCAAAGUGCGAAGAUCACCAAAGGACUCCAUAAGGAUUAGCUAAGAUGUUUAGCCAAUUUGGUCAUUGCUCUUAACAAAAGGAUUGCAACUACUUAAAUUGUUGAAAUUAGUAUUCUAAUAUUCAUCCUGAACUUCAAAUAAGAUCAUUAUAUUAAUAAUAAAAAUAAUCAAAUUUUCAGUUUUGUCCAAAAUCGGAAAUUAGACCACUCGUAAAAAGUAGUGUGCUGUGGUCUAAGCCGGUGAUGUAUGAUCGCCCCUUUACUCUCUCGAUGAAGUAUUCUUUGACUCUGCCCAGUAAGAGGUGAUGUAUCCCAUUCUUUUUUUAUCAACUUCUGUGAUUGUCUCUCUCUUUAAUUUAUUCGAAGAAAAUAUAAAUUUACACCUUUGUUUUUCAAAUCCGUGCGAGUAGGCCGCCAAAUACAAAUCUCUUUCUGACACCCAAACACACUCAAACACACCCAUCCGCAUUCUCCCUGGCCCCUCCCUGCCCCCACACUUCUCUUUCUCUCUCUUCCCACCCCCUCCCCCUCAGAUCAUUCUCCCUCUCUAUUUUGCAAGUCUGAUUCUAUCACAUAAACUCUCCCCAAUCUCUCUUCUUUUCUUUCUCACAUUAUUCUUCCCAUUCAAUCUCCUUAUUCAUUUCACUUACGUUACUACAUAUGACUUUAUAUGCCGACUUUAACGUAGAAAUUAGUGUGUGCAUCGUGAUCUAUUUCCAAUAUUUUUUUUUUAGUACGAUCAUGAUUAUUUGUAUAUUAGAAUUUUUUUCAUUUUCUUUGAUUCACCACCGACUGGGCAUUAUUAUGAUUGAAACAGACUCUUUCAUGCGUGGCAAUAUAUUUAUGUACUUUACUAUGUUUGUAUGAUGAUGUUUUUGUAACAAAAAGUACAUGUAUGAAGUUGAUGAUUGAAUAUUUAUACAAUUAAAGAUAAAAAUAAAACUUGAAAUAUACUUUAC